AUGUCGAUCAAGAAUGAUUACACGCUCAGCCCUGUGACAGCACUUGCGUUUUACUCUUUCGACGGCGAGACGCUGCUCUUGGCCGGAGAAGGCUCCUUUCUCAAAGUAUUCCACUCGAAGAGCUCAGACUGUCUUUCUCAAAUUGAGUUGUUCCAGGAGCAGGCAAUUCAUGGCGUCUGCGUCAAUCAAAGCGCGGUUCGUGACGAUGAGGCUCAAGUAAUAGUUUGGGGAGGCCGCAGCUUAGUGCUGCUGAGCAGAAAAGACAUCAUAGACAUUCUAGAUCAAUCUUUCAUCAGUAAUGCGUCCAGGUCUAUUAUAAUACCCGACUGGAUUUUUGACGUAGCUGCGUCUAGUCAUGAAAAGAGCAGCUGCCUCUUAGUCACUGCCCAUAAUGAUUUGUUCAAGGCAGAAGCGACAGGACGAACAGUGUCCUAUAAACAUCUACCAUCGCCUUCUGAGUCUAUUCUCUAUUCUGCUCAUGUAAUAUGGGAUACUCCAAGUCGGAUCCUCGUGGCAGCUGGAACUGUUUUUGGCGAAAUCAUCGUAUGGGAUCUAACGGUCACAAAAUUGGGCCACUGUGACAGCGCUAGAACCUUAUUCACAUUUUCAGGACACGAGGGGUCGAUAUUUGGUGUUAGUUUCUCGCCGCUUCUGGCUCUCUCGGACAACAAGAGUACGAGAUUACUCGCAAGCUGUAGUGAUGACCGUACCAUUCGAGUUUGGGAUUUGUCGGAAAAUGAAGAAAAAGCAAAAGACGACACCAAAAUACUCAACCCCAGAGAGACUGGUUUUGGUAGCACUGAUACCAUUACUGGAGCUGUAGUGUCUAAUCGAUGCCUGGCAACGGUUAUGGGACAUGCGUCGAGGAUUUGGGGCGUCAAGUUUCUUGGUGGAAUGUUUCCACCGCCCGCCGACUGCCAUAUAGACAUUGUUUCUUUUGGGGAAGAUUCAACAACACAGCAGUGGAGAUUAGAUCUCAAAGAAAGUACACCUAGUGCAAACUUAACUCACGUCAAAACAUACGCAUUUCAUAGCGGAAAACACAUAUGGUCAGCUGCUGCUAAAACCAAAGAUGCCUACUAUCAUUCCUUAGCCACCGGUGGUGCGGAUGGUAAAAUCGUAGUUUAUCAUCUGGUCAUGUCUGACAUUUCUCGUGGGUCGUUCAAAACGAGGGACGAUCAACUUACAACUUUUAAAGAAUCUAGUGUGCGGGCAACCCAACCGAGACUAGGGGAGUGGGAUUUAGAAAGUAUUUUAAGCUGCCUCCCCUCUUCAGGUCCCAGUGUUACCGACGAGCUCAAUGACCCGGAAGAGAAGCUGGCUAAGUCACCAUUCGUCAUGUCGUCAGGAACCAUCAAAGAGCCAAGUAAGAAAAAGCCCAAGAAAAUAGCUAAAGAUGCUUUUAACAGAUAUGCUUUCACGGCAAGAGACGAGUUUAUUGCGACAACCAAUUUCGGUCGCGUUAUACUUAUUAAGAUAGGCUCAACUUUGGAAAUCUCGGAAAUAAAAUUUCCUCAUCCCAACCAGGCAGAUCUUAGAUCCUACUCUAUCGUUCAAGGGUUUCCGGAAAUCUCAAUGGCCUUUUUGGCAGGAGCAAAUGGUAAAAUCUACGCAUUCGUAUCCAAUAGACUUGUUGAAAUAGGUCAAGUCAAUGGCAAACCUGCCGACAUGUUCAAGAUAUACGACAAAGAAGCUGAGCGCUAUGAACUUUUAGUCACUACCUUAUCGGGAAAUGUUGCGACGCUCUUCUUGAAUCCAUCGAGCUCAGUCAAGAAUGAUAUCCCGGUCAAGUACAUCAACUACACCUUGCCUGAUGAUUUUGUGGUAACAAGUAGUGGCAUUUGCCAGAAACUGCUAGUUCUGGGCUCACGUAAAGGAUCACUCGCGGUUUACUCAAACCCUUGUGGACCCGCUCUUCAUUUGGAAGGCCAUUAUAGCAUUGAAGGGGAUGCCAUCACAUCGAUUCUCCAACUUCCGGAUUCUACGGAGUCUCAAUGGAAGAGCUACUUUCUAACUACUGGGAGAAAUGGAGUAUACUCAAUCUUCGCUUUGCAUUUCGCGUACAACGAUCAGAAAGUAGUACCGACUGAUGUGUAUCCAGUCCAUCAUGGAACACCACCCUUCGGGCCCAUGAUCGAGUCAGCAUGGUUUGAAAGCUCCAAUUUGAUGCUAUGUGGAUUCAAAAGUAAGGACUUUGUGGUCUGGAAUCAAACCACACAAUCAGAAGUUAUGCACGCUGAAUGUGGUGGAGCUCAUCGAAGUUAUGCCUACUCGGCUUUGGAAAAUGCUGGAGGCAGCGGACACUUCGUUUACACUAAAGCUUCUAAGCUAUACAUUUAUUCGCAGUCAUGUAUAUCCCAUCGAGUAAUCAAAUCGGGGGGGCAUGGGCGGGAAAUCAAGUCGUGCGCAAUUUCCUCUGAUCAAAGAUUCUUUGCAACUGGUGCUGAAGACACGACCAUUCGGAUCUGGCAGUAUAUCAAUAACGGCUCCCAACAGAGUAAGGAAUUUAGCUGUCUUUCGGUCAUACAGCGGCACACAGCUGGUAUACAGCAUCUUCAAUGGUAUGGAUCAAAGUACUUGCUCAGUAGCGGCGGAAAUGAGGAGUUCUUUAUCUGGGCUGUAGAAGAAAUCCCAGGGUUUGGUAUUGGUGUUGCCUGCGAAGCAAUGUGCCCUGAUCAAAGUGAAGACCGGGACUUGCGAAUCAUGAGCUUUGAUGUCACCCAAGCUCCAGAAAUUUUGGGCGGGAGAGGAGUCUCCGCACUCUUGAUAAGCCUAGCAUACUCUGACUCUACGAUUCGUACUUAUACGUACACUCGGUCAUCGGGUUUCACUCUUAUUGGAAGUGGCAAGUACACAUCCUCGUGUCUUACGCAGAUCAAACAUAUCUCUGUCAUAGAGAACAAGCUAUAUAUCCUUACAGGAUCUACGGAUGGCAGUCUUAUCGUUUGGAAACUACUUAUCGUUCCUCAGAGCCAGGAUGAGGACGAAGAAAACAGCUACCACCCGUCUCCUCCACGGCUAGAGAUGAUGUCGAGUUCGAAGACUCAUCAAAAUACCAUCAAGUGUUCAGGAAUUUCACUUUCCUCUGAUCACAUGCUCCUUCUUGUUGUUACCGGCGGAGAUGAUAACGCUCUCGCAUUCUCAAUAUAUUCGAUGGAAAACAUAGCUGCGAAGUCAAAAAGAUAUUUACUUCGUUCUGCCCAUGCUGCAGCCAUAACAGGACUCUGCACAUUGUCCGAGCCGUCCACAAGCCGUCGAUCUUGCUCAUUUAGAGUGAUAACGUCAGGCAAUGAUCAGAGAGUGAAAGAAUGGGUAUUCAGCGUCCGCCAAGAGCCGGAAGAAGGUUACAUAGUAGACAUUGACAAAACUGGGGAUAUGUAUACAUCUGUAGCAGAUGUGGGAGACGUCGCUAUCUUCAAAGAUGACGCUCCAGCGGGUGAGGUUAAAGUCCUUGUGGUAGGGAAUGGUAUGGAAGCCUGGGAUAUACAGAUGGCGAAAGCAUCUUUGGCGGACAGUACCUGCUAA